CAGAAGCAUGUCCUCAGACAUGCAGCCACGGUGCGAUGAAGCGGACCGAAAGACGCCACCAGCAUGACAGCAGUGGCCAUGGCUGUAAACCAUGAAGCUGGAGCCAGACACGCCCAUUGCUUCCUUCCGUCAAAGAAAGCCUCUUUGGUGCUACAUUGAACACAAGCUCUUCGAAUAUGCCAUCCAAGUGCGAGAAAGCCCAACGGACUGCUUAACACCCGCUGUCCCAUCUGAGUAGGAGGUGGCAACAAAAAGACCAAAUGCCAUGGAUGUAUUCAAUUUCACCUACUGGAAUGCCUCUGAAGGCAAUGACACAGAAGUUGUGGAAGAGAGUGAGAGCGCCUACAAGACUGUGGAGGUGGUGUUCAUCGUGUUGGUGGCUGGUUCCCUUAGCCUGGUCACGGUCAUUGGAAAUAUCCUGGUCAUGCUUUCCAUCAAAGUUAACAGGAACUUACAGACUGUCAACAACUAUUUUUUAUUCAGCCUUGCAUGUGCUGACCUGAUUAUCGGACUGUGCUCGAUGAACUUGUACACAGUCUACAUAGUAAUAGGGUACUGGCCCCUGGGGCCGGUGGUGUGUGACUUGUGGUUAGCCUUGGACUAUGUCGUCAGUAAUGCGUCUGUCAUGAAUCUUCUCAUCAUCAGCUUUGACAGAUAUUUCUGUGUCACCAAGCCCCUCAGCUACCCUGUCAAAAGGACCACCAAGAUGGCAGGGAUGAUGAUUGCUGCGGCCUGGGUUCUGUCUUUUAUCCUCUGGGCACCAGCCAUCCUCUUCUGGCAGUUCAUUGUGGGUGGGCGGACAGUGCCUGAGAAGGAGUGCUACAUCCAGUUCUUCUCUAAUGCCGCAGUCACUUUUGGCACUGCCAUCGCCGCUUUUUACCUGCCUGUCAUCAUCAUGAUUCAGCUCUACUGGCAGAUCUCCAGAGCGAGCAAGAGUCGUGUGAAGAAGGAUAACCGCAAGCCUUCAGGAGCCAAUCCAGAGCCGGUGUCACCUGGCCAAAGGAGGAAUAACACACCCAAACCCAACAACAACAACGUACAGGGGGAGGACGCGGGGCGUUCCCCGAGCCAGCAUGCCGAGGAUGGAGCUAAUCAUAAUGAUGGAAAGCUGCAAAAUGGCAAAGGACCUUCCUCCACGACUGCUGAUGGAGAAACUGAAGGUGAGGAUGCCACAAGAGAGACGUGCGCUCCCGGAGAGGAGAAAGAGAGCUCCAAUGAUUCAACAUCUGGUAGCGUGGCUGCAUCCAAUACGAAGGAUGAUGAGGUAGCGCCGUCUACUGCAAACUCCAACGCAGAGACGAGCCAGCCGCCCCCACGUCAGCGAGCCAAGGCAGGGGGCUCAAAGCUUACCUGCAUCAAGAUCAAGACAAAAUCCCCCAAGGGUGACUGCUACACACCAUCCAACGCUACCGUUGAGAUUGUCCCAGCCACGGAGCGGCAGAACCACGUGGCACGGAAGAUCGUAAAGAUGACAAAGCAAGCGCCGAACAAGAAGAAGAAAGCGGCGCCGUCUCGGGAGAAAAAAGUGACCCGGACCAUCAUGGCCAUCCUGGUAGCUUUCGUAGCCACCUGGACUCCUUAUAAUGUGAUGGUGCUUAUUAACACCUUCUGCUCCAGCUGCAUCCCCAACACAGUGUGGACUAUUGGCUACUGGCUGUGCUACAUCAACAGCACCAUCAACCCGGCCUGCUACGCUCUGUGCAAUGUCACAUUCAAAAAGACAUUCAAACAUCUUCUCCUCUGCCAGUACAAAAAUAUUAGAUCAGCCAGAUAAACAUGGGCCACCUGGGAGAAAGAGUUGAAGUAUGAGUUGACUGUGUAUGUGUGCCAUCUCUGUAUAUUUCUGGGUGUGACUGCAAAAUACUGGUGAGCAUGUUGAGUCUGCUUGUGCACAUUUUAAAUUUUUGUUUCACCAUUUGAUCUUUUUUUCCUCAAGUUUCUCUCAACAACCGGUUGUAGCACUUUACACAAAUUCAACUGAUGCCAGUUGUGUUGAGAUGUGUCGUGCAGAAGCAGCGUAGAUAAUGAAGGUCGUGAAAUAUUCACUCGUAGUCAGAGUUGUUAGCUCAAAAAAUGAGGGUGUGUAAAGCAGGGAACACUUUGGAGUGACUGCGAGCUGAUAAAAAAUGUAGAGGGAGAUCUGCGCUGUACGAAAACACACUUCAAAAUGGGAAAAUAGGGCUGACUGAAUUUACAAACCUCACAAGUUUGAAGUUCAGAGAAGAAACCUGUAGAUAACUGUACAUAUCAGUGUAAAAUCAAUAUUUAUGAGGGUGCACAUGUGGGCGUGUGCUGGUUCAGAGUAUCCGUGAACACCCACGUGUGCCCCGCUGCCUGCCUUCCUUCCUUCUAUCUGUCUGUGAUCUUCAUCAUGGCACUUCCAACCAGCAACAUGUAGGAAAAAGUGGGGCAGCUUGUGUAGAUCGUCUCUGAUAUGGUCAUAUCAGGGCUGGAAGCUUUCCCAUCGAGCCUCUGAGGGAAUGAGUUGCCAUUAAUACAUAAUAGAUAACUGUAUGAAUAUAUUAACACUGCAUUUAUUGACGUUGCACUAUGGAGGGCUGACACGGUGCUGAGGAAUGAUUUGCUACUCAGAAGCUCUUCAGCCAAACUACAUGACAUCUGUUUCUAAAUUUCUUCCAACAUGCAAGUUUAUUUUCCCCAAAGUGGCCUCCACCAGUGAUAAUGGAGAUAAAUGCGGUGCUCACCACAUUAAGAAUCAAAAUAGGAAAAUUUGGCAGCAGCAUGUCUUUCAAAAAGCAAUAUCCUGGUUACAUGGUCAACCUAUUAUUUGAAAUGUCUUUUGUGUUGAUUUACUUCGUAAUUAAGGAAUUAAAGUUGACAUUAUGUGAGGUACUCAUCCAUGAAUUUCACAUGUUAGAUCCCUCUGGUGCCACCAAAAUAUUCUUAAGAAGCUGAUAACAUAUCCAGCACCAAAUCAAUCAGAUUUCAGUCCAAACUAGUCAAACAAGAAGCUUGGUUUGUGGCUCUAGCCUUCAAAAUAUGACAAUAUAGGUACCACUCAUGUCACUGGGCAUGUGCAGGGCUCUGCUGUUGAGAUGCAGCCUAAAGAAUGCAGUCCUUGAAUUGCAAUCCCUUAUCAAAAUAAAAAGCUAGGGUUUCUAUAAAUUCAGCUACAUGUGUACGUACAGCUUUGUUUUGUGAGCCACUGAGCAUUUGUAGCUGCAUUUGAAGUAGCCUUUGAAGGAUCCUUUGUACAGUGCAGCCUUUGAAGUGCCAUUGCAUCAUAUAGGAUGUAACAUAGAUUGCUGGUAUGCUGAGGAAUAGUGGAUGCAUUGAAGAAGCCUUUGAAAAAGGGCGAGCUUUAAAGUGCUGCUAUGAUGCAAUUGGUCUUUAACUGCCUCUAAAGAAUGCAGUCCCUGAUUUGGGACACAGCGAAUCUUUGAAUACAUCAUAUACAAUAAGAUAGGGGAACACAUCCAUUAACAAAGCUGAUGUCUAACUUCAAUGCCCCAUCAAAAUGAGAAGCUAAGGCAACCCAGCUAAGGGCCUCUAAAGAAUAGAGUCCCUGAAUUGGGACACAGUCAUUGUCUAAAUACAUCAUAAUUAUACAAAAAGAUGGGGGAACAAAUACAUUAACAAACCUGAUGUCUAACUUCAGUGCCCUAUCAAAAUAAGAAUUUAGGUUAUCCCAGCUAAGGGUGUACAUACAGCUUUGUUUCGAGCAUUUGCAGGCUGCAUUCAAAGGAGCCUUUAAUAAGACGCCACAUUCAAAGGGCUGUUAUGAUACAGUUGAUCUUUAAAUUUAGCCUUUGAAGAAUGCAGCCCCUGAAUUGGAACACAGAUAAUGUUUAAAUAAAUCACAAACAAAAAGAAAGGGGACAUAUACAUAAAUUAAGCGAUGUUUAUUGAACAAGCUGAUUUUGUUUUAACUGACAAGCGGCAGAUUUUGGGAUUUAUUCUUGUGAACAACCUUUGAAGUUCACUGUAAUGCAAUUGAUCUUUAAAUGCACCCUCAAAAAAUGCACCCCUGAAUUGUGACAUAGUUUGUCUCUCAAUAAAUCAAAAACAAUAAGAAAGGGGAAAAUGUACAUAAAUUGAGGCUACAUUUGGAGGAGCCUUUGUAAAGAGACAGCCUUUAAAGUGCCACUAUAAUACACCUGAUCUUUAUGCAGCCUCUGAAGGAUGAAGCCCCUGAAUUGGGACCCAACCUGCAUAUUAAUACAUAAUAAACAAUAGGAAAGGAGUUCAUAUCCAUACAAGCUAUAAAUGGUUCUACAGCUUGUUUAUUGAGCCAGUGAGCAAGCUGAUCUUGUUUUUACAGGUAUGCAAGAAAUUCUGGGAUUAUAUGUGGCCUUCUUUCCUUGGCUAAGGAAAGAAACAUGCAUUUUUAGGCUUCAUGUAAAGGGGCUGUCAUAAAGAGACAGCUUGAAUACCAUUAUGAUACAACUGAAGCUUAAAUGCAGCCUCUGAAGGAUGCAGCUCAUGGAUUGGGACACAGCUAAUGUCUAAAUACAUCAGAAACAAUAAGAUAAGAGAGGGCAUCCACAAAUUAUGCUAGCAGUAAAACUACAUCUUUGUUUACUGAGCAAGUUGACCUUGUUUUAACUGGUCCACAAAAAUUCCUGGGACAUUUGUAGGCUGCAUCUGAAGGAGACUACAUAUAGGGACCUCUUUUAAAUGCAGUUGUGACACAACUGAUCCUUAAAUUGCAAAACAUGAAUUCGGACACAGCCAAUGUCUUAAAACAUCAAAAUAUAGGUUAGGGAAGCGUAUCUUUUAUUAAAGCUAGUAGUUUACCGACAGCUUCUUCAUUGAGCCACUAAGCAAGCUGAUCUUGAUAUAAAAGGCACACAAUGAAUUCUGGUAUAUGCUUGGCCUCAAUGUAUGCAUUAAAUGGAUUCUUCAUUGGUUGAGGGGAAGUAGGAUGCAUUCGUAGGCUAUGUCUAAAGAGGGUUUCAUAAAGGGACUUCCUUUGAAUGCCACUGCGUCACAACUGAACCUUAAAUGCACCCUCCAAAGGAUGCAGCCUCUGAAUUGGGACACAGCUAAUGUCAAACUAAAUAAAAAAAGACAGGGAAACAUAUGCACAAAUGAAGCUGGUGUGUACCCACAGCUUCUUUCAUUGAGCCACUACUUCAAAUAGAGUGUGCAAAACUAAUAUGAAGACAUAUAAAGGCAGCAAGGUAGAAUGUGGGACUAUUUUUCUUUCCAAAAGCUUCCUGAAGCAUAAGAAAGUCGUUGCAUCCACCUAAGAAAUAGUCUACUACAUAGCAGACUUAAAACCACAGCUUGUCAUUUUGUGAAUUUUAAAAAAGAAAACUCCCUCCCUACACCCUGCCUUGUAUCACAGUAGAGGUAACACAACAGCUGUAAGAACAACAAAGUGAUAACAAACAAGUUAUGACUAAAGAGGAAAAAAAAUGUGGCAUGAGAUUGUUCAGUCGCACUCUUUGAUUUGCCAGCUUGUUACAUUACACCACGUCAGCUUUUACAGCUGCUGACAGGAUUGUUUGAUGUAUAUUUUAUGUUUUUUUGUGUUUGCUGCCGAGUUACUCACCAAUUCUUCCUACUCGCGGUGAAACAGGUGGCUGGAGCUCAGAGCUGAGGCUUAUUACUGUAUGUGGGAAGGCGCUGUGUGGUUCUUUUUGUUGUUUUUUUGGUGUGUUUUGCUGAGUGGGAGACUUCAUUUGAUCCUGCUGAUUAGCGGAUUGAUGUCUCAGCGUGUCCUGUACUCUACUGUACUGAUGAUGAUUGUAAGGAUUUGUAUGUAUGCGUGUGUGGGGUUGUCCCCGUGUGAGGCUUGUGUGGGUCGUAUAAAUGCUGACGUGUGCUUGCUCCAAGAGUGGAGUUUACUUCUGAUCACAGGAUAAAACCUUGUGAUUUAAAUAAGGGCUACUUCCUUGUCUUUACAUGUUUCAUUUGGAAAUUAUUUCAUCUCUAAAUCAUGAGAUUACAGUAAUAAAUGGGUGUGUUUAUGUUAAUGUGGAAGAAAUUAGAAAAUUUCAGUUUACUUUAAGACAUGUUCUGUGUGUUCAUGCAUGUCAUUCAUCAUUUCAGCCUAUUAGACAAUUCUCACUUACAUUAAUGUAUGCUCACCAGUCGGAGCGAUGAAUAUUCAUGAGCGUUUGCCAUCAGGAGGUUGCCGCAGCGGCUGGUAGGGGGGCUUUGCGUAGAAUUACGCCCGCACCAAACAGCUCCUCGAGGCUCGUCUCCUGUUUUUAAAGAGAGAUCUGGGACAGAUCCUAUAAUGAAAACUCACCAUGAGGCUGAUCAGAUUAUGGGACGAUGUGGAACACCUACAUUUGAGAUUAAAGAUUGCCCAUUACACGCUCAGCUUGUGCCUGCUUGCUCCACGCCCAUGCCCCACUUAGUGCUCCACUCAGCCCUGAUCCUGUUAUAGUCUCUACCUCAGAUAUAUGAGGUCAUGAAUGUAAUGUAAAUAUCACAUGUGAAUUCAUUAGCAUGAGUUAUUAUUAAUUCUCUUUUUCCUCCUGCUCCUUUAUGCUAUAUUAAACUGUAAAGCUGUUACAUAUGUGCCCAGCCAGCGCUGGAGCUACAUCUUUGCAUAAUUCUUCAUGAAGCCACUGAAGCACACUGACAUUUACUUUCUCUUAGCUGGCAACCUAGAGCCAAACGGUAAAUGCUACAUUUAAAUACUGGAAAUUCACAAGCUCAGGAUGUAGCUGUACAUCAGUGGUGGACGUAUUCUCACCCCAUUCACAAAUCUAGGGUACAUCUCCAAUUUCAACACACUUUAUUCCAAAUAUUCAGUUUGCAUCCGGAGAAUCUUUCUCAAGUCAUUUGAGAAUCAAAUUUAAAAUUUAAGGUGACACUGUAACAUUUAUUUCAAAUUUGUGGCUUUUUAAGACAAAAAUAACACUCAAUUUAUCUGAAAUCUCUUUUUUUACAGCUGUGUUUAUUCAAUUCUUGCCAACUUUAUUGUUAUUUGUUUUGCAACACAAGUAAAUCACCUUAAACUAAAUAUCAUUUCAUGCAAAUAUUGCUGAAAUCAGAUUGAUCUUUUUCUUUUUUUUUUUUUUUUUUAGAAAGUAGCCCUGCACAGUUGGAACCAGUUAUACAUUGCUAAUUAAAAAAAAAGAUUUUCAAGAAAUCCCUCCUAGAAUUGAAAAAAGAUAAAGAUUUGGUGGAACAUUUGUUCUUUUGAAAGACCAGCUUCGUCAUGGUUAGUAGCGGAACUGAACAUCUAUGAUUCAAAAGUUCCUUAAUUCGGAUUGGUCCACAUUUUUCUGCAAAACUUACAUAUGGCGGACAUGUUGACGUAUAGCGGCAGCGGGCAAACACAGUCAGUGAGGUGUCUAUGUAUGUUAUGCCUAUGAAAAGUUAGCUCCAAACACUAAAACACUAAUUCUCUGAAAGUCUUUCCUGAAAUUUUGAUUUAUGUUGCACCAAGUUGUUCAGGAAAAAACGUGGAUGAAAACUGAUUUUAAUGACCACAUAAUCAGUCAUAAUUGCACUACUUAAUUUCAAACAAAAUCUUUUUUUGUGUUUACAUCCAACCAGACUGAUCAUAGUUAAAUGCAAAUUCAUCAAAAUGUUAUUCAAAUAUUACUUAAUGUACUGGUCAACACAUUUUUUGUAAAACACAGCAUUUUGCAUUUGGAACCAGUUUUAAAGGCACUACAUGAAAUUCUAAGUUUGCCAGAAAUGUUUGUGUUGAAUCCAAACCAGGUUGAUUAAAGAAUAUUGCAGACUGAAAGAGUCUGAUUCAGUGUUGACUGGCCCAAACAUUUCUACAUACCCAGCCCUUUCCACUUACACCAGUUAAAAAUGCACUGAUAAUACUCAAACUCUCAAAAAUUAUCAGCUUUUGUUGAUGAAAUCCUGAAUUUUGCAGACAAUUUUGUGUUCAAGUCAGACCAGGCUGACUGAGAGACAUUAGUUCAGUGUUCUUGAAUACAAUUGGUUCACAAAAGUCUUGCAAGUUGUAGUUUUACUAACCCUAAAUCUAACCUUUACCCACCCUAGCCCUGCCCUUUAACAUGACUAGUACCCACCCUAAACCUAAUGUAGCGUAGCCCUAAACCUAACCCACCCAUGUUCUAGCCAUAGUCCUAAACUUAACCCAGCCUAAGCCUACCCUAAACCUGACCAAUACCCACCCUAAACCUAACCCAACCUUACCCUACACCUAAAUGUAACCUUAACUUGCCUUAGCCCUACCCCAAGCCCUAACUCACCCUAGCCCUAACCCUAAACCUGACCUCUACCCACCCUAGCCCUACCUUACUUAUAUUUUUUAACAUAAAUGCCCAACUGCAGUUAUUGAAAAGUUUCUCAUCAAAUUUGAAAAUAAAGUCUAACUUUUUGUGCAUCCUGUCCAAGUUGGACCAGACUGCUUAGAAUUAUUUUGAACCGAAAAAACUUAUCAGGGCUUUAGAAGAGCUUUAACUGAAUAUGUUUCAGUGCUAUCAGCGAUACUUUGCUGCAUUUUUAAAGUAAUUUUAGCAGACUGCUUAUUUCUAGUGCCAGUGUAUUUUUUGGUCUCCUUUAUUAGAAUUAUAAAGUCUCUUUUAUUAAUCUGCUCUUGAAACCCCUGCAGGGUUACACUUAGCAGAGUAUUCUUAAAGUAUAAAACGAAUUUGAAAACUGACAGAACAGUUAUUCAAAAGAAUAUUCAAAAUGCCAAAGGGUGACAAAUUUAUUGAUUCAAUUUCCUUCCUGGAUGUUAUUAAAACUGUCAAAUUGAGUGAAAAAAGUAAAUUACUUCCAACUGAAACUGUCAAUACAUGUGUAAUUUUCCCAGUACUAUAUUUAAAUAUAGAAUUUACAGUUAAAUAUUUGAGUUAACAUAGCAUCUACCACUGAUGCACAAGCAUGAAUGGCCCGUGUUUAUCUACCCGGCCUGCUUCGGCAAAAACCGAGGCAUCCAUCCAAGUUCCACAUCCAUCCAUCCGUCACGGUGAUAAGUCGAGCCGUGUCUGUCUAACAUCCGUCACACAUCUCAGUAGUGGGUAAAGAGCCUUCCAGAAUAUCUGAUUAAUCUUUGCUAAGCUGUGGGUUGAUUGAUACCAGCAGGAGAGUAAGUGGCUCACAGCUCAAGCGGAGGUCCAGGGGUCCCGGUUUGAGCAGCUGUUUGGGUAUUUGAUGGGAGGUGAUGGCAGUUUAUCACCUCCUGGAAGCGGGGGAAAAGAGGGCGCGAUGCAUCUAGAAAAAAAACAAAAGUGCUUGCUUGUUAUCUUCACAAUGUGCGCUUAAAACAUCAGGAGCAAAGUUCCCGUGAAGCGCCCCCCCGUCUCCCGUUGCCAUGUUGUCGAACACAUGAGAACAAAACAAGGCUCUUGUAUCAGGCGUUAGCUUUUGUGUUGGAGAGAGAAACAGCGGGGAAUGAUGUGUGAACAUGUGGGCUUAUGAUAGAACGGGAAAGCAUCGUCGGGUGACAUUGAAAGAGAGCGGCUGUCAUGCAUGUACGGGAGAAAGGCGCCUGAUAGCCCCUGAGGUGUGCACUCACUACAUAUGAAACAGAUAAGCUUGCCUUUGUAGUCAUGGCUACCGGGAAGGGGGAUUGAGAAAGAGAAAGGAAGUAAGGAGGGGGGUUGUCAGUGACAAAAUCCAAAGCUUGUGGAUCUGGCUGCGUGUCGACCAUGUUUGGAGAAGUUGCAGACGUUCUUGGCAGGUCAGCCAAAGGUUUCACUGCGGGAAUUUGAGAAUCCCUGACAAAAUCAAACUCUAACGUCCUUCAUGUGUUUUAUCCCUGAUGUAUGCCGUCUAUUCUCACGUGUUGGACCUAUUCUCUAACAUAAACAUCGUCUCCAUUGUAGUGAACAGAUCAUAAUGUGCCGUCAGAGCUAGCUGGGCUCCUCUUUCAUACGGCUAAUGUCAAAGGGCUAAAGCUCCUUUUAUGGAGAACACGUGACGUUGAUCAGAGAUGACUUUGAUAUUUGAGGGUUUCUCUGGCUUCACACUUGAGGCUGCAGCCGUUUGCUGUGAGAGGUUUUAAGGAAAGAAAUCUAUAUCGCCAGAUUGUACAGAGCAAUUUCAAAGUGCCUUAUCCAGAGUGACAUAAAUAAAUUGCUCUUCUUUUUAUCCUUAAAUCCCUGUUAGUGUGACUGUGAUGAACUGAAGGUGCAUCAAUGUGAUGCACAUUGUUCUGUCUUUAAAAAUGUUUUGUUAAAGCCUCUGGAAACACAAAUCCACAACAGCCCUCAAAAACAUCGCGGGUCAAAUCAUCAACAUAGUCGGCAUUUAUUUUUAAUCCAAACCGGGUUUGACUUUGGUGCAGGAAAUCAGGACUGCCCACAGAGUUGGCAGGUUCCCUGAAAACCCCAGAGAGUGGGCCCUCUUCAGCUGGGAUUUAUUUAUGUCAAUGCAUGUGUGUAGGGUCAGUAGCAUUGGUGCUAACAUCCUGGCUAACAGUUACGUCAUUUUGGAGCUGAAAGGUUUAUCAAAGUAUUGAUGGGUUCUGAUGUAGAAAUUUUCUGCUUUUUUUCGCCCAUUUGGCCACUUUCCUUCCUUUAUUGCCACUUUUAACUCAUGUUUUCACCCUUUGUUUCCC